AUGGCAACCCCAAACCAAACCCCUCGCCUUAUUCGUUUGACUAUCAAGUUCUACAAGGGCGAAGCCCGACAGGGUGGUGAGGGCCAUGACUUCGCUCGAGACUUUAUUAUGAAGGCAGCAAAGCUGCACGCAAAGCAAGGAAUCUACAAGUACCAGCAGUGCUACUCCCCCAGAGCGUAUCGCACCUUUAUGGACGACAUGAACCGCCGCAACAAGCGCGGCUGGGUGAUUGAGGAUCAUGUUGUGAGGAUUGAGUUCUACUUCCGCAGCUUUGCCGAGCUCAACAAAGUCAACAGCGACCCAGAGUUCCAGGCCUUUCAGGUCUCCGAAGAGCCGUUCGUCAACCGAGUACAUACAGUUGUCUCUCUCUCCUGGGUGGAGAACUAUGUGGACGAGAGCAAGGUGGUCAACAUUGUGGAUGACAAGUCUACUUAUCCCGCUUAUGACGAGCUGUUGGAUCUAUCCACUGCUUUAGGAUCGGGUGGUGCGUGGUCAGCAAAAUAA